AUGUUUCUCGCACUAGUGGUGACGACGGAGCUGAGGGACUUCUUGGCCAGGGCAAGAGGUGGAUCAGUGCGCCUCAUCAAGGUGCGCAUCCAAGACGAGCAGCUGGUGCUUGGGGCCUACAGAGAGCCAGAAAAGAGCUGGGACCAGGAUUAUGAUCACUUCCUGCUUCCUCUCCUGGACGACCAGGAGCCCUGCUACAUCCUGUACCGCCUCGACUCCCAGAAUGCACAGGGCUACGAGUGGCUCUUCAUAUCGUGGUCUCCUGAUCAUUCUCCGGUAAAACAAAAGAUGUUGUAUGCUGCCACCCGGGCCACAGUGAAGAAAGAGUUUGGCGGCGGCCAUUUGAAGUAUGAGAUGUUCGGCACAGCUGAGGAGGACAUCUGUUUGCUGGGCUACCAGCAUCAUGUGUCAUCCUGCUCAGGUCCUGCCCCGCUCACGUUAGCCGAGGAGGAGCUCCAGAGGGUCAAAACCUCAGAGGUGAAAACAGAUAUAAGCGUGGAGAGUAAGCACCAGACACUUCAGGGCCUCGCUUUCCCACUGCAGGAAACAGCCAAAAGAGCCCUGCAGCAACUUGCCCAGAAAAUCAUCAACUACAUACAACUGAGGUUGGAUGUAGAGAAGGAGACAAUCGAGUUGGUCCACUCCAACCCGACAGAGAUCCGGGAUUUGCCCCGCAGAGUUCCCAAAGACACUCCCAGAUACCACUUCUUUCUCUACAAACACUCCCACGAAGGAGACUACCUGGAAUCUGUCGUGUUCAUAUACUCCAUGCCUGGAUACAGCUGUAGCAUUAAGGAGCGGAUGUUGUAUUCCAGCUGCAAGAGUCGACUACUGGAGGACGUGGAGAAAGAUUACUGUUUGGAAAUUGCUAAAAAGUUGGAGAUUGAUAACGGAGAUGAACUGUCAGACGACUUUCUGUAUGAUGAGGUCCAUCCCAAGCAGCACGCUCACAAACAGGCCUUCGCUAAGCCCCGCGGCCCGGCAGGAAAAAGGGGACAUAAGCGUCUCAUUAAAGGGACAGGAGAGACCAGACAGGAGAGCUAGAGGGGGAACACGUUUCUCCCAAAGUCAAGUCUGCAGUUCCAGCCCUCCCUAUUUCCCCGAACCCACUAACACCCACUAACACCUCAUCUGGCCCCGAGGAACAAGAGUGUCCUCUGUUGUUUAUGUACUGAAACACUUGUGCUGUAUAAAUGAAAUGUUUUUCAUGGAAAAUAUGCUGAUAAAUUAUUCGUCUCUCC